GAAAAACCGAAGCGCCCUCUUGUGAACUCAGAUAGCCCGGAUGUGCAUGAAGCCUAAAAACAUGGCGAAAAGCCUGUUGCUGUAUUGAAAUAGCAAUACUGAAUACAGGUUAUAUUUCUUGUUUGCUGAUAUUUGUGUGUGUGCUGUGAAGUGUUAUACACUAUCAUGUUUGGUAAAAAGAAAAAGCCCAAGGUUGAGAUUUCCUCCCCGUCCAACUUUCAACAUCGAGUACACACAGGGUUCGACUGGGAGAAUGGAGUCUUUGUGGGUCUACCUGCUCAGUGGGCAGGUAUCAUUGAAGGUAGUAAAGGCAGAAGGCGGCCUAUUGUAGACCCAUCAACUAUAACUCAGACAGAUGUUGAGCCGUUAAAGACAAUCAUCAGAGGUCAUCAAAAUGGAUACCCUCAAAGCAUCAGUGUCGCCAGAUCAAAUUCACUUCGCCGUGAAAGUCCACCCCCUUACAGACGUCGUGCCCCAGGAAACGACUACCCCUCAGUCCCGGAGGACGAUGUCCUGCCACCGAGACAGGACUUGGGCAGGCAGCCAGGUAACCAGCCUCCUCCUCAUCAGCAUUAUCAACAGCAGCAGCCUCAAGGCUACAGGGACAAUGUGGAUCAUCAUGGGGAGUACCCCCGCGACAGAGACCCCCGGGAGCACGGCAGGUACCCACAGUCUCACCCCUCACAGCAAGAACAGGUUGACCCCCGCCUUACAGGAUACUACGGAAGUAUUGACAGACGCAGCGGAAAUAUUCCAGGUGCCCGGGAUAAACGACCUGAAUUUGAUGCCAGAAUAAAUAACUCUUACGAAGCUCAGUCAAGGAAUGACUCGUACGAAAGAGGACCACCUUCACGGCACAGUCAUUACGAUGAUGACCGCUCCAUACCAAAUCAUAACAACGACAGAUUCCGUCAAAUGCCCAAUGGUCAGUCACACUCGCCACGGCACCAGAGCAUCCCACCAGCUCACCAUGACCCUAACUAUGCCAGCAUUUCUACACCGGCAGCACUGCAGUACGAAAGGCACCACAACGACCACCCACACCAGUCGCCCGGUGGAUACCCCUACGGAGGAGGCCAGGCCAGCCCCAUGUCCAGCCCUCCCCAUUCCCCAAACAGACCGCCUUAUUCCCAGCAGUCCUCACCUUCCCUGAAAUCCCCCAACCGGACACAGCAGCAAGGCCCUGGUCCAGAGCAGCAGCGUUUGUCUCAUGAAGAGUUCCGUAGAACAUUACAGUAUGUUGUGAACCCUGGAGAUCCCCGCCAGUUUUUAGAAAACUUCUUGAAGAUUGGGGAAGGUUCCACUGGCAUUGUCUGUACAGCCAUGGACAGAUCACGGGGGAAACAGGUCGCUGUGAAGAAAAUGGAUUUAAGGAAACAGCAGCGCAGGGAACUGCUCUUUAACGAGGUGGUUGUGAUGAGAGACUACCAUCACCCGAAUAUUGUGGAGAUGUUCAACAGCUACCUAGUGAAUGAUGAGUUGUGGGUUGUGAUGGAGUAUAUGGAGGGGGGAGCUCUGACUGACAUUGUCACACACAGCAGAAUGGAUGAAGUUCAGAUAGCAACUGUGUGUAAAGCUUGUCUGAAGGCUCUGGCCUUCUUACAUAAUCAUGGAGUAAUACACAGAGAUAUCAAGUCAGAUUCAAUUUUAUUGUCCUAUGAUGGGAAGGUAAAGUUGUCAGAUUUUGGUUUCUGUGCACAAGUAACACCAGACCUGCCAAAAAGGAAAUCACUUGUAGGGACUCCAUACUGGAUGGCACCAGAAGUUAUCUCAAGGUUGCCUUAUGGAACAGAGGUUGAUAUUUGGUCUUUGGGCAUCAUGGUAAUUGAGAUGAUAGAUGGGGAACCUCCGUUCUUUAAUGAGCCACCCCUACAGGCUAUGCGACGCAUUAGAGAUAUGCCCCCACCGAAGCUAAAAAACACACACAGGGUGUCUCCACGACUGCAAGGUUUCUUGGAGAGGAUGCUGGUUCGAGACCAUUCACAGAGGGCCACAGCACCAGAGCUGAUGCAGCACCAGUUCCUCAGGGAAGCUGGCCCACCGUCUUGUCUCGUCUCAUUGAUGCGCACCACUCGGCACAGCCCGUGUUAGGGUCAGUUCAGUCAUGUGGAUAGUAUUAAGUCAAGCUUGCAAAAAAAAAAAAGGCUGCAUUUUUCUGAGAAAUGAAAUUUAAAAAAAAAAAACCCAGUGUUGUUAAAUUACCCAAUCAAAUGUAACAAAGGAGACGGGAUAGCUGUGUCCCCUGUUUUGAUUGGCCCAUGUGUCACUACCCUGUGGCGAGUCAUAAUACGUCAGCAACUAAAUAAACGUUAAUUUAUAUUCUAUGCAUCUAUAUUGAUUCAUAUACUGCCAACUAUAAUCACUUCAGUUCGAUGGAAGUAUUGUUCUAAUUGACUGUGUGAUAGGCAACAGUACACUUUUUCAUUUGGUUGUUUAAAAAUAAAACUUAUUUGUGACUGGUGUUUGUAAAAAUUAUUUGAGCGUCCGCAAGAAUUAUUUUUUAUAUAAAUUAGUGAAUUCUAAUUUCAAUAUUUUUAUAUAAAUGCUAAUUUAUUAACAUGUAUGUGUAAGCCAUUAAAGAAUAUUGUUUCAAUAUUAAAACUAAAAACUAAUAAUGCUAUUCAAUUAACCUUUACCUAUAUUUUUUUGUUUUCAAUAUUCUAAGCUUAUAGAAUAGUGCAGCUGACCUUUUACUUCAUUCUUUAUCACAGAAAAAACCUAUAGUUAACUCCAGCCAGAGCUUUUUAACUUUAAUAGUUGGUAGCAGUUUUGGGUUUAGUGUAGAGUAACUUUAUUUUUAAUUUAUUGUACCAGUGUCCAAUGAUGUAUGAUAUUCAAGAAAGUAACAAGAAUUUAAAAUACAAAACUUUUAUUUUCUUUGAUUUUUAUCCUUAAAUGUUUAGUAUGUAAAUAUUAAUACCUCAUCUCUUGUGUUAGGGUUUUGUUUCAUGUUUGUGAACACGAGUUUGACUGUUGUAGCCUAUUAAACCAGUGAUUCAUGUUUUUUUUUUUUUUUUUUUUUUUUUUUUGCUGCUUAUCUUUCCCAUUCUAAAUAUACAUUUUAUUUUCUCUCACCUUUUUAUCGUCCCAAAAUAAUUUUUUUGUAUUCCGCUGUAUUUUUAAUGUAUGUAGACUUAACUAAAUGUAGUCGAGAAUAUAAAAAAAAAUUGGACUGAGCUUCAGAAAUCAAAUAUUGUCUGUGUGCUCUUUAGCCUCUGUGUGCAUCUAUUGACUUCAGCAUUCCUUGCUUUAUACAUUACCAUGUUCAGUUGGAUGACAAGUUGCGCUUGUUGUUAUCUUUUUUUUUUUUUAAUAUACUAGCUUGUUCAAAACAUAGCAGAGCCAUAAACUGAUAUUCCUAACUGUUGCCUUUUAUUGAUGUAAAUACUGAACAAAUGUGCAGGCAUUGCUUGCAGAUAUCUAUUUAUAUAGUUUUCUUUUUUUUUUUUUUAUCUUUCUACUUUACAUGAAUUUUUAUAACCAGCUUUUGUUUAAUGGUGUUAGUGAUGUAUCUUCUCUAGAUCAUAUAGAGUAGUAUGUUGUGAGGUAUGAGUGAAUCUGUAAAGAGAGGUGCUUGAGUGAACUGGUGUAGUUUUUUUUAAUCAUCCAGUAGUGGUUCUCAAAGUACAUUAGGGAAUACAUUUUUUGUGACCCUGUAAAUUUAUAAUUUACUUUUUAAAAUUUUGAUCCUGACACUAUUGAAUAUUAAUUUUUUCUUUACUUAAUUUAACGAAAACAAGUUGUGGUACACUUGUGUGAACCUCUGUUGGGUGUAUUCACAUUUUAAAAAAUUGACACAAAUUUCUGUUAAAACCUAAACAAUUUUUUGCUUUCCAACUAAAAAACAAACAAACUGUGUGCUAGAGUGUAAAGUAGUGUCUUAAUCUAGCUAAAUUAAUGCAUGCUGUUUUAUGUAGGUAUUAUAGAGAUCUGAACAUUUUUUUUUUUUGCAGUGGUUAUUGCCCUUACCUUGACUAUCCCAACAAAUUGAGAUUAUCUCCCUUGUUUGACUAUUUUUUUCAUCAAAUGCUUCAAAUAAUUGAGCAAACUGUUAAUAGCUGUAUAUACUCACCACACUUGUCUGUUGUUUUGUGUACAUUCACAUAGAAUCACAUGUUGAUAGAAAGAUAAACAGCCUUACUGCCUGCAGAGAUCACUCAGUUUUGAUUGUAAAUAAAACCAAUGUUCCACUCAUUUUUUUUUAAAACAUCUGCUUUUGGUUAUGAUUCUUUUUCUAGGGACAAUCUUUGCUGCAGGCAGCUAUUUUAAAACUUUUUAAUGGCUAUUGUGGUUCAUUUAUUUUUUUGGUUAAAUUAGUGUUUAUAUUUCCUUUUGUGAGCAAUAAGAACCUAUAAAUAGGAUAACUACAUUUAUACAAUUUUUUAAAUGUGUGUUUGUAUUAAAGUUAAUUCAAACACUUGCAGUUUAUUUAAAAAAAAACUACUUUAUAACAGAAGGGCCUGCUCAUUUCAAUACUGCCUAUGCAACAAAACUACGAGAAAUAAUUUUAGUUUAAAAUGUUCUCACAACU